AUGGGUGCGAUGGCUGAAAUAUCACGGGAGGUUUCAAGAGCAUGGAGCGGAAACCACAGGUCGGGAAAGGUGGUAGUGUUGAUCACCUUUGAGUUUAAAAAUGAUUUCAACACAGUUAGAUGGACCGACUUGUUUGAUGCUCUGCAGAAGAAAUUCAAAGUUCCGAGUAAUCUACUACGAGUUAUCUCUGACUAUUUGAGCAACAGACAUCUACUGUACGAAACAACGGAAGGGAUAAAACAAAAGAAGGUAUCAGCAGGAGUAGCGCAGGGAGCUGUGCUCGGCACAGACCUGUGGAAUGUUGUCUACGACGACGUUCUGAGAUUAAAUCUGCUGGUCGACUGCAAACUUAUCUUCUUUGCGGACGACUUAGUGGCUACAAUUCUAGCCAGAAAUAAGAAAGAAGCCAGGAUAAAGGCAACCAUAGUCUCAGUAAACGUGGAAAACUGGCUAAGCGACCAUGGUCUAAAAUAA